GGGAAGUUGGCUGGCCUGGCUCCCACACAAAUUUCCAGCCUCAACAACGACGAGAAAGACCCUCGUCAUACCGCUACUUGCGUUCAAACCGCCGGUCGCCCCUAUAUACGUGUCAAUUUGCCGACAGCGAGUAUACCUGCGUGCGAUACCCAUUGUCGCUGCGUCUGCCGCGUCGCUACAUACAUAGCCCGUCGUAUACGUUCGUUUCGAAUCCGAAUCGCGGAAUCGCCGGCACGAGCACGCAACGCACAGGAGUACCAGCCACCGUUCGGACGAGCAGCCGACCAGCAUAAAACGACGCUACGUGACCACCAUUGCGGUACUCGAGUCGUUGGCGCAGCUCCUCGCUGCCCGGGAAUAUAACAAUUUGAUGCCUACAGAGCCUCUCAGGCUAUGCCGAAUUACUCGACCAUCUCUGAAGAGGGGUCCUCCUCGACUGGCGAGAUGACGAGGCAAAAACGGACCCGCGCCCGCCAGAAGGAGGGCGGAGGACAGGCGACGAUGGUUAGCAGCGUCAUCAAUCUCCUCAAUACCAUUGUCGGUGCGGGCACGCUCGCGAUGCCUUCGGCCAUGUCGCACUUCGGCAUGGUCUUCGGGACUAUGGUGAUCAUAUGGUCGGGCAUGACGUCUGCCUUCGGCUUAUACCUUCAAUCCCGAUGUGCCCGUUAUCUCGACCGUGGGUCUUCGUCUUUCUUCGCCCUAUCCCAGAUGACAUACCCGAACGCCGCUGUCAUUUUCGACGCCGCCAUCGCUAUUAAGUGCUUCGGGGUCGCUGUGUCAUAUAUGAUCAUCAUCGGUGAUCUGAUGCCUGGCGUCGUCGAAGGGUUCGAUUCGAGGACCGCCGAUAUGCCUUACCUCAUGGAUCGCAAUUUCUGGAUCACCGUCUUCAUGUUGGUCAUCAUCCCGUUGAGCUUCUUGCGGCGCCUAGACUCCCUCAAAUACACUAGCAUCGUGGCCCUGAUUUCUAUCGGCUACCUUAUCGUUCUUGUUGUCUAUCAUUUCGCCUCGGAUGUCCUUGCGCCUAAGGAUAAGAUCCGAUUCGUCUCUUGGGGAGGUCCCGUGGAGGCUCUCGCCAGCUUGCCCGUGGUUAUCUUCGCGUACACCUGCCACCAAAACAUGUUCUCCAUCCUCAACGAGAUUAAUGAUAACUCUCCCCGGAAUAUAAUGGGGGUUAUAUCUUCUAGCAUUGGCUCCGCUGCUGGCAUUUAUGUGCUGGUCGCCAUUACUGGGUACCUCACAUUCGGCAACGAUGUGAACGGUAAUAUCGUAUCUAUGUAUCCUGCAUCAGUUGCCUCGACAAUUGCAAAAGCGGCCAUUGUCGUCCUAGUCACAUUUUCUGUCCCCCUGCAGAUACACCCGUGCCGAGCGUCCGUAGACGCCGUCCUCAAAUGGCGUCCGAAGGACUCGUCCCGCCCACAAGCAUCGACGGGCUCGCCCGGCGGUCGGUUAAUUCUUCCCACUGCCCAGGCGCGAUCCGACCACGGCUCCGGCGCCCCUAUGUCGGACAUGCGCUUCGCUACCUUGACGACGAUAAUCUUAAUUCUAGGUUACAUCGUGGCACUCACAGUGGUCUCCCUCGAACGGGUAUUAGCCUACGUAGGCUCCACAGGUAGUACAAGCAUUAGUUUCAUCCUCCCGGGACUGUUCUAUUACAAGAUCUCAGACCCGCAUUCAAUCCACCAUCAACGCCUGACGAAAGAGGACGAUGAUGCCCUGUCGCAGCCCGGCACCGACUCGGAAGAUGAGGGUGCGGGAGACGACGGCCUGUUGGGCGGCAGCGUGGAUAGUGUCCCCAGCGCAGCGAGUGGUAGAAACUCGAAAUUCCCGCUUAGGUGGCGGCGGAAGUGGAGAUGGGACAUGGAGCAUCUAAACCCCGAGUUUCUGAGGGCAGCGGCACUGGCCUUAGCUGUAUACGGUGUUUGCGUCAUGACGAUAUGUUUGGUUAUGAAUCUCGUCGGCACGGUGACGGGGCAUUGAGCAUGGAGCACGUCUUUGACCUUCGCGAAAUGGAAAGACCUGAUCAGCUGCGAUAGGUACACUGGUAAUAAUGAGUGUUGUUGCGGCUUCGGGAGUUGUGCAUUUGUUGAUGGUUCGCUCCACAAUGGGGGAAGGCGUCUCGUUUGCAUCGAGCGGAGUCUGGGGUUACGUUGUGAUCGUACAAUACGUAUAUAAAGCACUAGCUAUUCUGUUGUAUAUACAUCUAUCUACAUCUCUUUUGGUUUCGUCUG